GCGGCGCGUGAACCGCAGGCCCGGAGGGGCGGGCCUGGCGCGGACCUUGCCGGGGCCUCGGGCGGCCUGCCGGACUCUGGCUCCGCGCCCGCGGUGGCUGCGGUGGCCGGGCAGCCCCGGGCCGGGUGUGGGGUGCACGUGUGCCGGUUCAGUGCCGGGUUGCGAGGCGCGGGAUGCGAGGCGCGGGGGUUCCCAAAUGCCGACUGAGUAUUUCAGGUCAGUAGUGGUGGGUGCGGGCGCGCUUUCCGCGUUCUGGGAGCUGCUGGAGGGAGAGGGGCCGGUGCUGCGUGCCGGCAGACCCCGUUUGUAGUUUCAUAGAGUCAGAGAGUAGUUUGGGUUGGGAGGGACCUUAAGAAUCAUUUAGUUCCGACCCCCUCUGCCAUGGGCAGGGACACCUCCCACUAGAUCCGGCUGCCCAAGGGCCCAUCCAACCUGGCCUUGAACACCUCCAGGGAUGGGGCAGCCACAGCUUCCCUGGGCAACCUGUGCCAGUGCCUCACUGCCCUCACGGUGAAGAAAUUCUUCCUUAUGUUUCCUCAUGUCCUAACCAUUAACUCUGUGAGCACUCUUUUUUUUUUUUUUUCUUCUGCAGUCUUUCCGUAGUGCAUGGAUUGCUCUGGAUAUGGAUUAAAAAAUCAAGGAGGCUGUUUAACCGUAGGUUUAUCUGAAACAGUUGGGCACCUUUGGGUGCUGGAGGAGGGCAGCACUCACCCCUGUGCUCCUCGCCUCUGCUGCCUGGGGUCAGAGACUGAGGCUCUGCCCACACUGGGGCCCUUCCUGACAUUUUCAUCUCUGAGCUGCAGCUGUAAUAAACUGUACUAGUUUAGGCUAUACUGUUUUCCCACACUACCAUUUGUUUUCGGAAGAACUGAAUUCAUAAGCAAAGCACAUAGUCCCUUUCACUCUGUCAUAUGCCCAUCAAAGCAUUUAAUAUGAGGAGGUUAAAGAGAAGUCUGUAGAAGAAACUUUUAGAGCAGUGGAGUAGUAAUGUUGCAUGAUGGUUUAUUUUGCAGCUGCUUCACUUUUAUUUUUAUUUGCCUCAGUCUGUGAUAGGCUUCUUGCAAAAGAAAUUUGUUUGGUUCCACACAAGGAAGAUUCGCUGUUCUGCCCAGGAGGUAUGGACUGCCCUAUAGAGAGAGUUACUCUGUGGCGGCAACCAUGUGCUGCUACUAUUGCACUUGCUGGAAUACAUUUUGUGGCGAAAAUAGUGAUUUUGUUUUCCUGGGCUGUGUUUUGAAUGUUUAUAGUUAUAAUCUCAGGUAGAGGAAGAACUUAAUAUUCUGAUCUCUUCUUGUAUAAAGAAUGUGUAGGUAACAAAUAAAACAAUGGGAGUUUUUCUUACUUUUUUUUACAUAGAAUCAUAGAAUAGUUUGGGUUGGAAGGGACCUUAAAAAUCAUCUAGUUCCAACCCCCCUGUCACGGGCAGGGACAUCCCACUAGAUCAGGCUGCCCAAGGCCCCAUCCAGCCUGGCCUUGAACACCUCCAGGGAUGGGGCAGCCACAAUUUCCCUGGGCAACCUGUGCCAGUGUCUCACCACUCUCAUUGUGAAGAAAUUCUUCCUUGUGUCUAGUCUAAAUCUGCCCCUCUCCAGUUUAUACCCAUUGCCCCUCGUCCUAUCACUACAAGCCUUUGUAAACAGUCCCUCUCCAGCUUUCUUGUAGGCCCAUUUCAAGUACUGGAAGGUUGCUAUAAGAUCCCAUUGGAUCCUUCUCUUCUCCAGGCUGAACAAGCCCAUCUCUCUCAGCCAGUCCUCAUUUGGGAGGUGCUCCAGCCCUCUGAUCGUCUUUGUAGCCCUCCUCUGGACCCAUUCCAACAGCUCCACAUCCUUCUUAUGCUGAGGAUCCCCAAACUGGACACAGUACUCCACAUGAGGUCUUACAGGAGCAGAGUAGAGGGACAGAAUCUUCUCACUUGACCUGCUGGCCACACCUCUUUUCAUACAGCCCAGGAUAUGGUUAGCUUUCUGGGCUGCGAGCAUGCAUUGCCGGCUCAUGUCCAGCUUCUCAUCAACCAGCACUCCCAGGUCCUUCUCAGCAGGGCCGCUUUCAAUCGCAUCAUCCCUCAUCCUGUACUGAAACUACAGAUUGCCCCAACCCGGAUGUAGGACCUUGCACUUGGCCUUGUUGAACUUCAUGAGGUUCACACAGGCCCACCUCUCCAGCCUGUCCAGGUCCCUCUGGGUGAUAUCCCAUCUUUCCAGUGUGUUUUUUAUCAGACUUUUGUUUGUUUCUUUUCAUCUUUUCAAUAUCACUUUGGUGAAAAAAAGAAGAGUUCUAAGAUGAUUUACAAGAAGGUCAUAUUUAAAUGUUGCUUUAGCCUUUAAACAAAAAGAUGUUUUCUUCACUGUAAUGUAAUUAAUGUUCUGCCACCUGCUUCCUGCAGUUUGAAAGGUACUGUUUCAUGAGGUACAUAUCACUCUUAUCAAAUGGUCCAGGUCCCUUUUACCAUAGAAUUGUGCAAUGAUUUGGGUUGGAAGGGACCUUUAAAGUUAAUUUAGUCCAACCUCCCUGUGGUAGGUAGGGGCACCUUCCACUAGGCUAGGUUACUCAAAGCCCCUUCCAACCUGACCUUGAACAUUUCCAAUUAAAUGCAUCCACAGCUUCUCUGGGCAACUUGUUCCAAUGUUUCACUGCCCUUAUUGUAAAAAAAAUUCUUCCUUAUAUCUAGUCUAAAUCUUCUCUCUUUUAGUUUAAAACCAUUACUCCUUGUCCUAUUACAACAGGCCCUACUAAAAAUUCUGUCCUCAUCUUUCAUAUAAGACCCCUUUAAGUACUAAAAGGCUGCCAUAAGGUCUCCCAGAAGCCUCUUCUCCAGACUGAACAAACCAAACUUUCUCAGCCUUUCUUCAUAGGAGAGGUGUUCGAUCCCUCUGAUCAUUUUUGUGACCUUGCUCUGGAGCUGCUCCAACAGGUCCAUGUCUUUCCUGUGCUGAGGGCUCCAGAGUUGGAUGCGGUACUCCAGGUGAGGUCUCACCAGAGAGGAGUGGAGGGGUAGAAUCAUCUCACUCUACCUGAUGGACAUACUUCCUCUCAUGCAGCCUGGGAUACGGUUGGCCUUCUGGGCUGUGAGUGCACAUUGUGAGCUUGUUGUCCAGCUUUCGUCCCCCAAGUCCUCCUCAGAUGGGCUGCUCUCAAUUCCUUCAUCCCCCAGCCUUGCUGAACCUCAUGAGGUUUGCACAGACCCACCUCUCUGGCCUGUCCAGGUGUUUCUGCAUAGCAUCCCUUCUCUCAGGUGUGUCAGCUGCAUCACUCACCUUGAUGUUGUCUGCAGAUUUGCUGAGGGUGCACUUGGUCCCACUGUCUAUGCCAUCGAUGAAGAUAUUAAACAGUACUGGUUCCGGUAUGGACCCCUGAGGGACACCCACUCAUUACUACAGUCUGCUUGGGACAUUGAGCUUUUGACUGCAACUCUUUGGUCCAUCCACCAAACCUAUCUCUCUCUGAUCCUUUGCCUAUGUGUUGUUUUUUGUCUUCUGCCCUGUCAGCUCUGUAGCUCAUUGGAACCUUUUUAGGCCAGUUUAACUCAGAAAAUAGCAGAAUUUGUGCUUCACUGAGUUUCCUGCUGUUUUGUGAGUGAAGUUAUCUCGUGGAAAGUCUCACAAGGAUGUGAGCUGUGGGGAAGGUGAGGAGAGAAAAAGAAGGGAGACCUGUGUAUUCUGCAGCAGCAAGCUGUUACAUCAACUCACCUACUCGAGAAAGUACAACCAUAGUCUUAAUAAUGAUACUGGGUCUGUAGCAGAUUUUGCGUUACAUUUUUCAGGUGUCCAGGAUGAAGUAGCAUAAAAGGGUUAAAACAUGACUCAGUAAGCUUGAAAGUGCAUUCCUCAGUGCUUUCCCAUCUGUAAUGUGGAUAUGGCGCAUUGCUACAACAGGCUGUUUCAGUACUUGAUACAGCAGUCUUCUAAUUGGCUGGUUUUCUUGGCGACUGGUGAUCGCAUGCCCAAUUUUUGAACGUUGUGCAAAGGUCACUAAUAGCCCACUGUAACGUUACAGAUACUGAAACGUACAGGCAGGCCGCUUCAUACCACUCUGCAUCUAGUACUGGCAGACUCAUUUUAUUUGCUUCUUGUGUUUAUAUCUUUGAAAUAAAAGGACAAAUCAUUUUUUUUUUAUGUUUAAUAUAUUCAUAAGUGCAAUAAAAGUCUUGAACUCCAGUACCAUAGUGCUAUUACUGGGUGAUUAUAGCUCGGGGAGAUACUGUACAUCUCAGAACAGUAUUUAACCUUUAAAAAGAAGAACAGAAGUAACAGAGAAUUUAACUGCAGAACAUAAUUGCUUUCCUUUUGAGAGGGAUGACAGGGGAAACGGGGACUUGCAAAGAAAUAAAUAUACUUUCUAAAAUCAAGUCAUGCUUAAAAAGGAAUAACCUGUGUGUUGUUAGCAUUAGUAAUCUUUUUGAGUGUGUGUUAUAUUUAUGGGGUGAGAAAAAGCCUAGAGUCCCAAUCAUGUGAUCCACGUAUUUUAUCUACUCUGGAAAGCUGAGAUUGCUUCAGGCCAAGGAAUUUACUUAAAGUCCCCCAAACAAGUUAGAGACAUUUCUGACUAGCUGUAGCAUGGAGAGCAAAGCUGUUAUGUGUUUUAGUGUGGUUGGUGUCUGCAGAACUUGUAAUUGUAUAAAAAACAUCAAGUUUCUGGCUAGACUAAACAAGUGAUAAUAGAGUUGAGUCACAGUAUGAUAGGGCUAUUGCCUCUGUGUGAAAAAUUUGAGAGCUUGACUUUCCUUUGUAGUCAACAAGCUUGUCUGCUUUGAGCUAGUUCAUUAAUUUUUACCUUGAAUAAGCUGAGGACCACGGUGUUUCUUUUAUACCUUUCAACUCUGCUUUGGAAACUUAAAUACACACACCAAGGCACGUGAGUUCAUUUUUUUGUUCUUACCUUCCAUUAUAACCAUUAGUUUUAGAAAUCAGACUGUACUGAGCUUAUGUGCUGCAGCCCAGUAAUUCUGAGAAGUGCUGCUGAACACAGUAUAAGUGCCUAUAGGACACGCCAUGGUCUCAUUUUGAGCCUCACUUAAGUUGCCUUUUGGGGAUUGAUUUGAAAUGAGUUGUUACAUUUGCCUGCUGGGCUUUCUAAAUCCAUGCUCUGUUGCUUUUUAGCACUCUGUCCAGUUCUGUAGGGUCUCUCCUUGCCCAGUAUUAUAAAUGGUUUUGGAAUAAACUGGUAUUUUACACAGAUCCACAAGAAUGCCUUGGGAAAUUUCUGUUUUUCAAAAGAAACUAUGAUCUGAGCUAGUGCUGCAGUGCAAGAAAGGGUUGAAAAGACAUCAUGGUGUGGGAGAGGAUGUUAUUCAGUGGAAGUAAUGAAAAGGCAACAGUCAUGACUGAAGAAAAGAUAUUAGGUUGAUGACUUAGCAAUUCAAUCUUAGAGAUACAUAUUUAUUCUAGUUAGUUCCAUUUGAAGUCAGCAGGAGCAGAAUCGUGUCCCUGUAGUUCUAAACCUCUUGUGCUUUUCUGGCUGAUUCAAAGUGUGGUUACCCUCAGUGCUGGUGAGGGAAUGGGCUCAGGAAGCUGCCUUCUGACGUGUACCUGUUUCAUCCUGCAGCUGUCCUCUACAAAUGAGUCUGUGUGUAUAUGUGAUAUGUGAGAAAGGCAAAAAUUGGCCCUGAAUCUGAGAAAUCAUUUGAAACAGACUAUCUAAUGCCACUUUUAAAAUGUGUAUUAGAGCUGUAUAGCAAUGAUACUGUGGAAAAGCUGUAGUUUGCUAGAUGGUCUGUAAUAUUGUUAAAAUUACAUUAGGAGAAGUUUCCAGAAAGUGACAGUAAGAGCAGGAUGCCCUUAUGAAGUUAAAAAAUGUUAGCUUGCAGAAUAAACAUUUAGUAGCUUGUUAUGCAUUGAAUUCACUCUUUUGAAAGAUGCGACAGUGAGGGGUUUUGUGUUGGUUGUUUUUUCAGUUUUCCUCAGCAGCCAUCUAUAACUAUGGGAUAUUAUUGUAGCUAUUUUUAAAGAACUUUUGUUUUUUCUAAGGGUUAAAUGCAGUGGGCUGAAAUGCUCGGGCGAGACAUCUACAUUUCUGCAAAGUACAGUGCACUUGGAAAAUAUGUGAGACCUUGUAGAGUGCGAAGAAUAGAUAAACUUGCAAAUUCAGUGCCUAAAGCUGUUAAAUCUAUUAUGUGGUUUAAAGUUUUGAGUUCAUAAUCUGUACUAGAAGAUAAGUAUUUUCAGUUAAGAAAAUACUCUCCUAAAUUUCUUCUCACAGAAGAUGCAGGCUGCAUUAUUGCUGGUAUUUUUUUAUCCCAAAUUUAAUCAGUAUUUCUUUAAUUGUUUUAUUCACUUCUUAUUUUUCAGGAGUCUUUGAAAAACCCUUAGUGGUCAUGACAUUGUUACAAGUGACAUAAAUUAGCCAGUGGCUCAGAAUGGUGGAUACCCGGAAGACUACAAAUGGUUUGCAAGUGAUUGGAGAAGGGACUGGUGUAGGGAAAUCGACACUCCACAUGGUGGGGUAUUUGGGAAAAAACUGUAAUCCUGUGGAAAGAACUGCGUGUGAAUAUUGUCCAGUCUGCAAAGAGAAAGGCCAGAUCCAAGUUUUACGGACAUACCGCAUUAAUUUUCAAGAGUCUAUUUUUCUUUGUGAAAAUCCUCAGUGUAUAUACCCACUUGGUUUUAAACCAUUGAACAGUAUAAUUACUUCUACUGAUUCAGAAAACCAUCAAGUUCCAUCUACUCAUCAGAAAAGGAAAUCAUGUGACAUCAGUGACUGUUCUCCUGUUGAAUCACAUAAGAAAAAAGCAAGAAUUAAUAAUGUGGUAAAUGUUGAGCAUACUAUUAAGACAGACCCUGUUGUCAAAUGCUAUCAGAAUGGCUUAUCUAUUCCCAAGUCAAGCGUAUUUGACAUGUUACAAAAUGAUGAGCAAAAACCUUUUAACAACGUGGAGUCCUGCAUGCAGAAGGUGGAUUGUGAAACAGCCACCAACACCAAGAACUAUCAAGAAACUACUCCUAAAAUUUCUCGUCCUAGAACAAAAUUAUUGCCAAAUUCUGAAUUUUGCUCAACAUCAUCUGAAAUUUUGCUCAAAGAUGAUAAAAGUUCCACUAAUAACACAGAUUUAUGGCUCCAGUGGAGAAAUAUGCAUAAUCUUUGUUGGUUAGAUUGUAUUUUGUCAGCACUGGUACACUUGGAAACGUUAAAAGUUGCCCUAGCAGAAGAAUAUAAUGAUGGAAAAUGUUUACUCCAAAACCUCUUAACAAAAUAUAAUCAAGCAACUGCGCUUCUGAAUACCUGUAAAAGGAGUGAAGUAAAAGAUGUUCUUCCAAAAGUAGAAUCUUCUCUCAACGAAAUCAGGAAUAGUAUGUUUACACAGCUUCAGCCUCAGCUUAAGUGUGAAUUGGGUAAGAAGGACAGUCCAGUGUUUGCACUCCCUCUACUCUUAAAACUGGAUCAACAAGCUGAGAAGCUAUUCUUGCAUUCAUUUUCAUGGAAGUUUGAAUGUGUGUGUUGCGGCUACAAAUACCAGGACCGAUUUAGGAAAACACUAACAACGUUCACAAAUAUAAUCCCUGAUUGGCAUCCACUUAACGCUGUUCAUGUUGGACCAUGUAAUAACUGUAGUGAUAGAGCUCAAAGAAGACACAUGGUUUUGGAAAAAGUACCCUCAAUAUUCAUGUUACAUUUUGUAGAAGGCUUGCCACACAACAACCUGAAGAACUAUUCAUUUCAGUUUGAAGAAAGUACCUACGAAAUAACAUCUAUUGUUCAGUAUCAAACAGAUAAGAAGCACUUCAUAACCUGGUCUUUGAAUCCUGAUGGAACUUGGCUUGAAUGUGAUGAUUUAAAGGGGCCAUACUGCAAGAGACAUGAAAGGUUUGAAGUUCCUCCUUCACAGAUUCAUAUUGUUAUCUGGGAAAAGAAAACAUCCCAUGCAGAAGAACUGAAUUCACAGUUCCAGAGUAAAAAUACUGAAGAUUUACUUCUUAAUAAAGUACAGUCAAAUUCCACAGUGUUGCACUGUGAUUUUGAUAACACUGUAGGCAGAAUACCUGCAGAACACCAGAAAGAGGAUUCUGUGAGAACUCCAGAUAAGAAACGGCAGCAGGUAGCUGAGGAAGAGAGUGUUGUUCAUCAUGGUGUAGAAAAUCUUGCACAUGAUGAUCUCGUAGCACUGAUGCUUGAAGAAAUUGAAGUUGACUCAGAAGGUAAAUCACUGCCGAAUGGACAGGUAGUGGAAGAUAACCUUAGUCUUGAAAUGGGCACUCCACAAUUGCAGGAAUCAGCUUUUUCACCUAACACUCCAUAUACAGGAGAGUUUACUGGAACUAGUUUAGCUAUGAACGGUAAAUGCACAUUAUAUGAAAAUUCCAGCAUUUGCUUACCUUUAGAGGAGUUGAACCCAGCAAAUAUUACUUCUCCUGUGCCCAAAAGUCAUGACCCUGACUCAUCUGACUCGUUGCUUGCUCCAAGAAUGGAUGACAGAACUAACGUACAUAAUCGAGAACAUGUAUUAAACUCAGAACUACAGCUAAACAAAAAGUUGUCACCAAUACAGAAUAUUAUACAAAAAUCACCUGACUUGAAAGAUGCAAGCAAAAUUGUUGUUAAUUCUCAGGUCCCCAAUUCUGCUGCUGCCAAUAAUUCCUUUCAGCCUUCACGCAAAGACCAAAAAAGAGGAUUUGUAGGAAGCUGGGUAAAGAAAUUAUUAAGCAAGAAUAGUUCUUUUAUGCCUUCAAGUGCCUCAGCUCUCAAGAAUGAGAGAAGUUGCAGAACCCCCUCAAUGCAAAAAAUAAGUGAAGUACGGUUGCCAGUUAAGGGACCAAGUAACUUUGAUGGAUUUCAAAGCAAAGCUACAAACAAAACAACCGAGCCCCCGAAGUCAGUGGUUCCUCAGAGCAAUAAUACUCACUCUGUGUCAAAUUUCAAAGGAUUUUCUCAAAGCAUUCGUCUUCCAGCAGCAAGUCACAUCACUACUGAAGGUCCAAGUUGGAAUAAGUCAGGAACUACAUCAGGUAAAAUGACUCAGUUCCGUUUCCCUAGCUGUAACUCUGGGAAGUCAGAAGAGUCAGAUAGUGACAAAACAAAAAAACUUCGCUUGAAACUGUUGAAAAAGCUUAAUGCUAAAAAGAAGAAGUUGGCUUCACUGGACAGGUUAGCAGUGGAACAGAUAAAACAUGAAAAACGUGUGAGUAAGGAUGUAAGCACCCCAUCGCAGACUGAAUCUCACAAUGACAGUGAGUUAUUGCAGAGCUUUUUAAGGGAACUGCAGCAUCAGAUUGACGUUGCAGAUAAUGAAUCUGAAUUUAAUGUAAACUCUGUACCAGGGUGCACUAGCCACAGUAACGGUGAUGAAAUACUGGCAGAAUUACUGUCCCCUACUUCAACUGUUGCUUCCUUAGAGGCUCCAAAAAGUGAGGAUGAAUGUAUGUACAUGGAAAUGGUGGAUAGCAGUGUUGCAGUGACAGCAUCUGAUGAGAAGACCCAUGUGCCACAAGCAGCAGUGACAUGCGAGGACCACAGUUAUUACAGUCCUGUUAAGGACAGUAAUUCAGAACUGCAUACAAUAAGCAAACCCAUUGUCAAGAAACUUGCUUUCGAAAGUCCUACAAGAGAAGAUCUCCUUGAAGACCUGUUCUCCAUUUCAGCACCAAGCUCAAUGGCAGGUGACAUAGAUUUACCUCAUUUUGAUGAAACUCUGUUUGAAGCUUGGUAAAUAUUUGGUUUCUUGAGUUUAAGUACUUUUCAAGGUUAUGUAUAUUUUGAAACAAAGCACUAUUAAAUUAUCUUUUCUAACUGAUUUAAUUGUACACUGGCUGUACUUGGAACAGUUUACAUGAGCUAUUUUUUUUCCUUAAAAUUUUAUUGUAGCAGAAAUAAGAUUUUAAUGCAUUUUAUUUUUUUGAGAAGCAGUUAAAAUAACUUUCAGAUAUGAUGAUGGUUUUUAAUUAAAAGCUCCUGUGAGUCUCAAAUUUUGCUGCUUUUAAUAUGGAAAACUUAUCCAUAUUCUACUGAGUUUGAGAUAUAACAAACUUCGGUAUUCUCGAUGAUGUAAUGACAUAACAAGUAUUUAGUUAGCAGUUAUUUAUUUUACAGUAUUACCCAACUCCUGAAGUCUUUUUGUCUGACAUUUAAAAUAAAAAAAUUACCUUCUGUAAUCAUGAGUCAGCAAUGUGUGCUCACAGCCCAGAAGGCCAACCGUAUCCUGGGCUGCAUCAAAAGAAGCGUGGCCAGCCGGUCAAGGGAGGUGAUUCUGCCACUCUAUUCCUCUCUUGUGAGACCUCAUCUGGAGUAUUGUGUCCAGUUCUGGAAUCCUCAGUGUAAGAAGGAGAUGGAGCUGUUGGAAUGGGUCCAGAGGAGGGCUACAAAGAUGAUCAGCGGGCUGGAGCCCUACGAGGACGGGCUGAGAGAGUUGGGCUUGUUCAGCCUGGAGAAGAGAAGGCUUGGGGAAACCUUAUAGCGACCUUCCAGUACCUGAAGGGGGCCUACAGGAAAGCUGGAGAGGGACUAUUCAUAAAGGCUUGUGGGGAUGGGAUGAGGGACAAUGAGUACAAACUGUAGAGGGGCAGAUUUAGACUGGGCAUUAGGAAGAAUCUCUUCACCAUGAGAGUGGUGAGGCACUGGCACAGGUUGCCCAGGGAAGCUGUGGCUGCUCCAUCCCUGGAGGUGUUCAAGGCCAGGUUGGAUGGGGCCUUGGACAGCCUGACGCAGGGAAAUUGGAACUAGAUGAUCUUUAAGGUCCCUUCCAACCCAAACUAUUCUAUGAUUCUAUGAUUGUGGAUCAUUGCAUCCUUUGACGUAAAGAUCAUUUGAAACACUAAGCUUGAGGCUGAUACUCUGUUAGGAACCUUGUUCAGAAUUGCUGUUCAACAAGCUCACCUUGGUGUGUACACCCCUUGGGUGCAAGGAGGGAUGGAUACAUGGUAGAAAUUCUCUGUAAAAUUAUGGCAUGUACUGAAUUUUCAUUCUGGGUAAUUGAAAAUAUAGUUUGGCAGAAUAUUCUGAGCUAGGUUAUUUUUUAAGUAAAAUCACUAAUAUUUGGGCCAGAAUUUGCAGCACUAAGAGCAUACUGGAUAUAACUUUUAGUUUUUCAUAGCUGCAAAAUCACUAAUAAAAGAAAAAUAACUGUAAGUUAGCACCCAUUUCUGUUGUCUCUAGGAGUUUUACACGACUAGAGCAGCGUGCCCCUGUUUGUGUGUGAGUGCCGAGGAAAGGCAAGGUCAAGAGGAAGAAACUAAUGGAAAACGUGGCAAGAAGGCAGUGAGUAAGCAGAGGGAUUCACAUCUUGGUGUUUCUGGAUUUGUAUAGCUUUUGUUCUGCUAAAUUAGAUUACCUGUAGGUCUUUCUUGUACUCGGAAAUAACAAGGAUUUUAUCAGCAAGUCUUUGUUUCAGCCAGUUUUAGAAUUGUUCUGCAUUUUUUCAUUGUUUUAAAUCCCAAACUCAAAACAUGAGUCCUCAGUCUUGCCUUUCCAAUAGAUGCAGUUAAAUAUAAUUGUUAUUACAAAGCACGGCUGCAGAGGUAAAUGGCCUUGGAUUGCUUGAACUAGGUUCAAAAAGUGUUUGAAAGACUGUCAGUGGCCCUGAACUCACCUUGCCAAGUUAUUGCUGUUGCAAUUACAUGUGUGUUUAUCAAACUGGCACUUCAGAUAAUGAUUGGUUUCAUUCUGAUAUGUAAACUUUGUAAAGAUCUUGAGCUCCUUCUUUAUUUUAAAUGUUGUAAUUGGUAGCAACAAUGGAAAACAAAUCAAUAGAUUCUGAAUGUAAAGUGCCAGUGUACUGCUGGUGAAAUGUUUGCCUGUUUGUGAAUUCCCUUAUUAAAGAAAAUGCUGAGCAAAAUUAGGGUUUGAUUUAUCAUUGAAUAAAAUAGGUGCCUCAGGAAGACUUGGGGGAGGUGAUAGGAUUUUCCUGCAUAAUUUUCCUUCCACUGAUUUUUAUAUAAGCAAAACACUAAAAAGUGGUGUGUCUCACUACCCCAACUACUUGAAGAGGUUUCCCCAAGCAGCGUAGAGCUGCCUGCAAGUGUAGAUGCCAUCUAUGACCAGCUGAAUUGCAGCUACCAGAAGCUGUGAAGUGCGCGCUCCAUCACUACUGGCUCGGGACAUGACACAGACCCCGUGGUGAGUGAAGCAACGAGCCUGAGGCUGAUGUGAUGCAGAAUGCGUAGGGCAACAUGAGGAAGAGACUCCACUAGAAAAUGAGGAAGGCCUCAUGGUAAGAAUUAUGGUAAGCUUAGUAGCAGAGAAGGGUCUGGAGGCACAUCUGCUGUGAUAUGUACUUAGACAGAAUCAAGAAUCUCUGGUCACCACUGGCAGCACCUCUGCAAAAUGAUGUUGGGAGUUCUCAGUCUGUAGCAUCGUGGGAUACAGUGUGGGUACACGCGUGUAUAGAAGCUGCAAGAGGAAAUAAAGAGCACUUAAGAUUAAAGUGAUCUCUCUCUCCAGGCUGCCUUAAGCUUCAAGACCCUAAGCAUGAAACUUAACAUAUUAGUGCUUCAAGUUCUUUUUGCUCCUGAAAUAGUUAACUAAAGGUGACACUGUGCAGAUUUGCCUUUUUCCAUCAAUGUUUUGCUGGCUCUGAUCCUGUGUAAGUGAGAAUUCAGCUGAGAUAGAAGGAAAAGUCCAUGACCAAAGAAACAGUUUAAAAUUUGGUGGUUACUGGCAUUUUUGUUUGAGACAGUUUUAAAAUGCAGCUUUUUGUUUGCCAUAAAGAGAUAAUAAAGUAUUAGUUUUCUGUCAAUCAGCAAUAUACUAGGUGGGCAUAUAGGAAAUGCCAUUCAUGAGCAAAAGUUAGUCAUUGUAUUUAGGAAGUUUAUCCGUGUUAUAGGGUAAAUUUCCAAAAGUCAAAAGUCUUUGUGCCCUUUGAAGGGAUUAUAUUCCACAUCUUGCAUGACAUAAUCUUGUCAGUCCUUUGGGAAAGGCAUAAUUGUAACGCUUACAGACAGAGGUUUUGAGUUCAGAAUAAGCUCUGUGGUGGAGGUAAUGGUCUGAUUCAGG